CUUUCCGUAGCUGAUUUUUUAUUCAAUCGUCUCGGGUCGACAACUGUUUUUUUAGAUGGCAAAACUUGGGAUUUUCGGAUAUGUAAAUAUUAUUUACAACGAUUACUGGUGAUACUAGACAUUAUCACAAGUUACUUCUGAAGAUACAGUCGUACAGCUGUCAGCUUUGGUUGGAGACUUUCAUUUAUCAUUACGACAAGCGAAGAAGCUUUUCUCCGCUGUUUGUUGUUGCUAGUGCGCACUACCCAACGACGUUAGCUAGUAGCACAUCAUCAUUAGCUAGCCUGCCAACUAUCCAUCUAUAUUUCAAAACUGUCCUUUGUUUUUGUUUUUCGUGGCGCGUUGCAUUUGCAUCAGUGAUGAUAAAAAACACGAGACAAUCUGCCGGACUUCUGGUUUUGUUGUGGUUGUUAUUUGGGGACUUUGUCUUUGUUCUGGGUUGGUUUCACAACAGAGUCAAAACGUACAACAACCAAUACUCUUCCAAAGAAGAUGCUCCUGACAGUCAAGACCAGAGCUGUUUUUGUCACUUGACAGGCGUCUUGGAUGACUGCUUCUGUGACAUCGAGAGCAUCGAUGUCUUCAACAACUUCAAGAUCUACCCCCGCAUUCAGAAGCUGACCGAGAGAGACUACUUCAGGUACUACAGGGUCAACCUGAAUAGGCCCUGUCCCUUCUGGGCCGACGAUGGCCACUGCUCCAUCAAGGACUGCCAAGUGGAGCCCUGCCCAGAGAGCAAGAUUCCAGUGGGAAUUAAGUCUGGAAACUACAAUAGGUACUCCCAGGUGGCCAACGCCAACACAGACAUAGUAGAUUGUGAACAAGCCCAAGACCUGGGGGCCAUUAACAACACCCUGAGUAACUAUAGUAAAGAGGCCUUUGAGGACUGGGCCCGGCAUGAUGACGCACAGGACCACUUCUGUGAGCUAGAUGAUGAGACGUCACCAGAUGCAGACUAUGUGGACCUGCUCCUAAACCCAGAGCGCUACACUGGCUACAAGGGCCCCUCAGCCUGGAGAGUGUGGAACAGCAUUUACGAGGAAAACUGCUUCAAGCCCAGAUCAGUGUACCGGCCUCUUAACCCAUUGGUUCCGCCCAGAGGAGGAGAUGAUGACGGCGAAGGCUUCUACAACUGGCUGGAAGGUCUGUGUUUGGAGAAGAGGGUGUUCUACCGGCUCAUCUCUGGUCUCCACAGCAGCAUAAACAUCCACCUGUGUGCAGAGUACCUAUUGGACGAGGGCUGGGACAAGUCCCUGUGGGGCCCCAAUGUGCAGGAGUUCCGCCAGCGCUUCGACCCGGCCGAGACCAAGGGCGAGGGUACGCGGCGCCUCAAGAACCUCUACUUUCUCUACCUGAUCGAGCUGCGCGCCCUCUCCAAGGUGGCGCCCUACUUUGAUCGAGCCUUCGUCAACCUGUACACGGGUGACCGUCAAGAGGACCGAGCCACCAAAGAGUUACUGCUGCAGUUCUUCAACGAGACCAAAGCUUUCUCAAUGCACUUUGACGAGAAGUCCAUGUUUGCUGGGCAGAAGAUCGAAGCAAAAAUGUUGAAGGAGGAAUUCCGGCUACAUUUUAAAAACAUCUCCCGGAUCAUGGACUGUGUGGGCUGCAGUAAAUGUCGACUGUGGGGGAAGCUACAGACCCAAGGGCUGGGCACAGCGUUGAAGAUCCUCUUCUCUGAGAAGGAGAUCAAGAAUCUACCGGAACACAGCCCCUCUAAGGGCUUCCAGCUGACACGGCAGGAGAUAGUGGCCUUGCUCAACGGUUUUGGGAGGCUCUCCACAAGCAUCCACCAGCUCCAUAGUUUCCGUGCCUUGCUGAAGGAGAAGAGGUAACACCCUCCAACAGCACUACCACCUCCUAGCCACCAGGUAGAGCCAGCCCAGAGGGAACUGCAAUAGUUUUAUUCCUCCCCAGAAUAAGACCAAGUUCAGGGACUUCAGGACAGACACUGAACCCCCAUCCCCUCCUCCCUCCUUCCUUCUUCCUCUAUGUAUAACUCUCCUUCUCUCCCUUUCUUUCUAAAUCUUGGUCUCGUCUUUCCAUAGAGCAUAGCGCUCAAUGUGAGAAAUCUGUACCUCAUUUAAUUUUGUUGUUUUUAAAUGUUUGUUUUUACUUUUGUGGGUGAAAGUGUUCACCAUUUCAGGCAUACUAGUUGUGAACUAGACCCAUCAGUGAGUGUGUGUGUUAUUGGUGUGUGUGUUUUUUUUUAAAUUAUUGUUGUGUGUUUGUGAGAGAGUACUUGUUUGUCGUUGAUCGCCAGUUGCAGCUAAAUGAUAACGAGAACUAGGAUUCAUUCCAUACUUUUACGACCACAAACUUGAUAAGCAUACUGCGUUUUGCUAUCCUAGAGGUGUAAGCUUUUUUCUGUGUGAGUGAGUGCAUGUAAUGAACGAACGUCUAUGUGAGCGACUGUGUCUGCUUUUUGCUUUUGUCUGUGCAUUUAACUGUUUAGCUGUGUUUUUAACAUCAUCUCCACGUGGCAAUCCAGUCUUUCUGCGCAUCACAAAUGUAUUAUAUAAAGCCUAAUUUAAAUGUGAAAAAGGAA